AGGUAAACGUGUGAAAUAGAAAUUGAACUAACAUUUUUAGACUCUUAUUGCGAAAUACAAUUUAUAUUAAUUCAUUUUUUUAUGUGAAGGCUGCCGAUAGUGAGGCGCCGGAGCAUCAAACUGAUGCUGGGCUACAGUUAACGCCUGAAGAAAACUUACGACAUGAUUCUACCAUUCAAACAUCUCCUCCGAAACAUGAUGAUGAGUCAAUUAAGGUAAAAUGAGUUUGUGACGUGAAAUCCAUCUUUUAAAGUUAUGUUGUUGUGCAUUGUAUGCACAAAAAAGUAUAUGGUUGCCAUGUUCCAGUAUUAAAUUUUAAAGUUAUGUUUUCCUCGGUAUUUUCUAUUUUACAAACUUUCGUAUUUUAUGGCGUUUCGUUUGUAUUUCACUGGUACAAUUGUCUAUUUUACAAACCUUUUUUUUUUUUUUUUGUAUUUCUAUGUAUUUCCACCCCCACAGAAUCAAUCUAAUCCUGACCCUAUUUUUGUGUAUUUAGUAAUUCUCCAACCUUAUAUUUUUAUGUUAUGAUUUUGUUUUAAAUUUUGAUUUUUUCUUAUUCAAAAGGGUGUUGGACCAAAGUUACAUGAGGAAGUUCCGGAAAUUGUAGUAACCGCCGGAAAUUUAAGAGCAGAUACACGUAAAGCUUCAUCUGAAGAGAUUAAUCGGGCGGACGAAGGAUCUUUCAAUUCAACAGAGGUAAAUUUUACAUUCAAUCUUAUAGAUCUUUUCAAGAUACUGCUAUACUUAACAUUUAUUAAAUCUCCUUUUUUUUAGGGAAUGGUCGCAGAGAUGCUCAUUGAGUUGCCUCUAGAAACUCGUGUACCAAAAGCAGGUGCGGGAAUACAACCCGGGGACAUCACUGAUCAUUCAAUUUUAGAGACUCCACACAGGUUCGAUGAGAACAUUACUAAGUCACAAUGGUUGAUCCCUGACGAAAUGUUACCAAGCCAAAUAGGUUCGUCAUGAUUAUCUGUGUUUCAUCAAACUGGUCACAAAGGAUUUGUUAUGCCAGUAAUGUCUGCUGAUAAAGGAAUACAACAGCCAGUGAUUAAUGCGGAAGUUGUAAUUGCUCAACCAGAUGUUAUUCCAACUAGGAUAGUCAAACCUAGUAAAUACUUCAGUUCACCUUACAUGACCAAUUACGGCUCUGCAGAAGCUUCUGUUCAAGACCCCACACCUUCCAUAUUUGAAAAGAAGCAUCCAUUUGUUGAAGAUCCAAUUAAUGGCCCGCGAAAUACUUCGCUUAUUCAACAAUACCGGAAUUGGCUUGAACAGGAUCUACUUCUAAGGCAUGAUAAAAAAAAGGGUAAGGAAAGCCGUUACAAAAAGAAUAAGCAAGCUUUGGAUCCAGAUGACAUCAAUUUUGGCUUCAAUUUUGGUGUGUUACAUGUUGACGACAAAAACUGGUUCUAUCUCUUAUCGAUGAAUGGACAGUCUUGGAAUGAUGAGAAAGGCAAGUACGACAAGGAUAACAGAUUCAAAUUCACAACUGUUGACUGUAUGUUCUUCUCCAAAAUUGAUGAAAUUCGUCGUGCAUAUGCUAAUCCGGAGGGGAACAGUAGUGUUGCCAGUUCGGAGAACGAAAUAUGCGAGUACAUUAACGGGCAUAGGAUGCUGGCUAAUGUGCCAUGGCAUACAGUUGAUUGUGUUCUCAUCCCUGUCAACAUCAAAGAGGAAAAUCACUGGAUCUUGAUUAUAGUGCCAUUCACUGACAGGGAUUGUGGUGUGUAUGUUGCCGCAUUUGCUGAAUACUUUUGUUCUAGACGAGGCGUUCCAUCUGAAAUUGAUGCAGAAACACUACGUAAUAGAUACUAG